AUGCCUUUCAUUUACUUUCUCUUUCUGGACAAACGUUCAUCACUUCUAAAUGAACAAAAGCGUGACAACGAAAGUUGUCCAUAUCAAGAGAAACGCUUUCCCCAAAAACAAUGUGCUGUCAAUCAACGUGAAGAUUCUCAACGUCAAUUCGACUACAAACGUGACUUGCCAACCUAUUCGGAAGCUUACCGCUAUAAGCGUAAUCUAGAUGCAAAUAGACAAAAACGCGACAUUAAAGCCGUUCCAAAUUAUUCCUACAAACGUGAGACAACACCAUAUAAUUAUUGCAGGCGAGAUUCUGGUCCAUUAACUCAUCACAAACGAGAUAUUUCUUCAGCAUGA